AUGCUUGUUAUAAGAGCGCUGCUAGCAAUCCGAUAUUUACCUAGAAGUUAUAAAGUGUAUUUACCUUAGGCUACGUCACUUGGUGCACGAAUUCCGUUUAAUUCAACGCAGUAUUGAAUACGAAAUGCAGUACAUUUUAUUUUAACUGCGCACAGAACUAUGCAACACUAUUCUAUUCUAGGCAAUAUUUGCUUCUCAUCCGCAUCCCAGGCAACAAUCACUGUCCUUAGCAUAUUUUGAAAUUACAGUUUGGAGGAAAGGGAGGAGAAAUGAUUCGGUUUCCCUAAAUUCACCUGUACUGCCGCCUCCUGGACGGACGCGCCUCUUAGCGCGAAUGGAGUAGUAUAAGCGCUCUAGCCAUAUAUGAGACUCAUCCAAAGCGGGAGAGCAGCGCGCAGCCGACGGGAUGGACAGGAGUGUGAUGCCAACGUUCAGUGUCCUCUUUCUGCUCGGGGUCUUACUGACGGGGACGGGAGCCACGGAGAGAAGCCGGGGAACAGGAAUGCUCGGGGAGAGGGACAAGGAAAACGGCGUGGAGAGCCCGUGCGAGGUUAAAACAGUAACAGUGUCUACACUGCCCGUUCUCCGGGAAAAUGAGUUCAGUUUUACCGGUGGAGGUUCGGGGAGUGUGGCUGGUGGUGGAGGUGGAGGAGGUGUCGAUGGUGGUACUGGCGGCGGCGGCGGCGGGGGAGGAGGGGAGUCUCAGCUCCUGCUCUUCGUCAGGACAGACGUACCUGGAAGAAUAUCUGUUUUGGAUGACCUCGACAACACUGCUUUGCCGUACUUCACGCUUGAGAUGUCCGGGACAGGAGCAGAGAUCUCCCUGGUGCACUGGAAGCAGCAGUGGCUGGAGAAUGGGACACUCUACUUCCAUGUGUCCCUGAGCAGCGCCGAGCAGCUGUCUCAGGUGACCCCGCCCCCAGCGCAAGAGCCCGCCCACGUCCUGCACGAGCACGUGCACCUGCUGCACAUCUCCGUCAUGGGAGGUCUGAUUGCUUUGCUCCUGCUGAUCCUCCUCUUCACCAUGGUCCUGUUUGCGAGGAGGCGCUGGUGCAGGCGCAGACGGGCGCCCCAGAAGAGCGCCAGCACCGAGGCCACGCACGAGAUCCACUACAUCCCGUCUGUCCUGCUGGGCCCCCAGGCCCGCGACAGCUUCCGGAACUCCCGCCUGCAGCCGUGCGGCUCCGUCAUCGGCAUGCCCAUCCGCGAGACGCCCAUCCUGGACAACUACGACUGCGAGGAGGACGAGCAGCUGGAGCGGCAGCAGACCGACCACCUGCGCAGCCAGACCCCCGACUGCGCGCGGGACGCCGAUGCAGGCUGGCAGGCAGGCCACACGCCAGGCGGCCUGGGGGACGAGGACCUGCAUCACAAAAUGGGCCUGGACAACAAGAGAGUCCUGGACUCAAACCAAGAGACGGUGGAGGCAUUGAUGCUGAAGUUUAAGGAGAGCUUCCGCACCAACACGCCCAUAGAGAUUGCACAAUUGCAGCAGGUCACACGCAGCUCUUCAACCGGGAGGAAGAGACGGCGCAGCCGCUCCAGAGGUGGCGGGGUGUAUGGGCACCCGGGAGAUUCAGGCUCAGAGGCAGACGAUGAGACACAGCUGAAGUUCUACACAGAACAACACAGGGGGCGCCGUCGCAGCAAAGGUUCUCCACGCAGCCCUGUGAACAAGCCCACUCUGACGCUUAUCACCAUUAGCACCUGCAUCCUGGCCGUGGUGUACAGCAGCCAGAUGUCCUGUCCCCUUACCGUGAGGGUGACCCUGCACGUCCCUGAGCACUUCAUCGCUGACGGGAGCAGUUUUGUGGUCAGUAUGGGCAGCUACCUAGACGUGUCAGACUGGCUGAACCCUGCUAAGCUGACCCUCUACUACCAAACCAACUCCACUUCCCAGUGGGUGAGGGACUACUGUGGCCAGCGAACCACUGACCCCUGUGAGCAGCUGUGUGACCAGGACACAGGUGAAUGCAGCUGCCAUGAGGGCUACUCCCCCGACCCCGUCCACAAGCACCUCUGCGUCCGCAGCGACUGGGGCCGCAACGAAGGUCCCUGGCCUUACGCCAACCUGGAGAAGGGCUACGACCUGGUUACUGGGGAACAAGGACCGGAAAAAAUAUUCAGGACCACAUACAGCUUGGGGCAGGGUCUGUGGCUGCCCGUCAGUAAGAGUUUUGUUGUACCCCCGGUGGAGCUGUCAAUCAACCCGCUGGCAAGCUGCAAGACGGAUGUCCUAGUCACCGAGGAUCCCGGGGAUAUCAGGGAGGAGUCCAUCAUGUCCACGUACUUUGAGACGGUGGACGACCUGCUGUCCUCCUUUGGUCCCGUGCGGGACUGCUCCAAAGACAACGGCGGCUGCAAGAAGAACUUCAAGUGUGUGUCGGACCGGCGGGUGGACUCCUCGGGCUGCAUGUGUCCUGAGGGAUUGCGGCCAAUGAAAGAUGGCUCAGGUUGCUAUGACUACUCGAAGGGCACGGACUGUUCCGAUGGGUUCAACGGGGGCUGUGAGCAGCUGUGUCUCCAGCAGCUGGUGCCCCUCCCAGAGGACCCCACCUCCAGCAAUGUGCUCAUGCUCUGUGGAUGCGUGGAGGAGUACAGGUUGGCUCCAGAUGGCCGCACCUGUGUGUUACAGUCAGAGGUAUGCGAGGGCCCGGCUUGUCAGCGACACAGUACCCGCUUCAACGACACACUCUUCGGAGAAAUGCUUCAUGGCUACAACAACAAGACCCAGCAGGUGCACCUGGGCCAAGUGUUCCAGAUGACGUUCAGGGACAACAACUUCAUCAAGGACUUUCCCCAGCUGGCUGAUGGACUGAUGGUCAUCCCACUGCCUGUGGAAGAGCAGUGUAGAGGGGUGCUGUCUGAACCGCAGCCUAACCUGCAGCUUCUCACUGGAGAUGCCCAGUUCAAUGAGGCCAUGGGAUAUCCCAUGGUGCAACAGUGGAGAGUCCGCAGUAACCUGUAUAAGGUGAAGCUCAGCUCUAUCACACUGUCUGCAGGUUUUUCCAAGGUGCUCAAGGUGCUGAACGCAGAGAGCACUCGCGAGGAGCUGCUGUCCUUCAUCCAGCAGUUUGGCAGCCACUACGUCUCGGAGGCCCUCUAUGGCUCCGAGCUCACCUGCACCAUCUACUUCCCCAGCAAGAAGGUCCAGCAGCAGCUCUGGCUCCAGUACCAGAAAGAAACCACCGACCUAGGCAGCCGGAGGGAGCUGAAGUCCAUGCCCUUCAUCACCUACCUGACCGGCCUGCUGGCCGCGCAACGGCUCUCGGAGGACCACCUGGUGGUGGGCGUGGAGAUCCGCUGCGAGGAGAAGGGCCGCUGCCCAUCCGCCUGCCACCUGUGCCGACGCCCAGGCCUGCAACAGCCCAGCCCCACGCCCGUCCUGCUGGAAGUCACCCGCAUCGUGCCCCUCUACAGCCUGGUGCAGGACAACGUCACCAAGGCGGCAAACCAGCCUAUGAAAUGCUACAGUGUCAUCCUUACUGGGUACCUUCAUUACACCUCGGGCACACAGAAGUCAAAGCAACACACACUGAGCGGUUUAACUGGAGGACAAACAGACAGUAAGCUCUCACAGGGAACAACACUGCACCUGCAGCACAAAUGGAUGAAGCAGCACCACAGGAUGUAGCUGGAGAGAGGUCAGAGAUGGAUGAAGCAUCACCACCGGAUCUAGCUGGCCAGAGAUCAGAGAUGGAUGAAGCUGCACCACCAGAUGUAGCUGCACAAAGGUCAGAGGUGGAUGAAGCUGCACCAAAGGACAACACUGGAGAACAGCAGGAAUGCAGUUUUUGUAGCCGCAGGCAUGCCGAAAUUAACCACUUGUGGGGGUCCAUGUGGAGUGCGUGAUUGGAUGUGUACGCACCAAGUACACCAUACUAAGUGAGACCAUACCAGUGAGCAUGGUGCUCCCAUGUGAAGGCGAGGACAUGAUUUUCCUUGACAAGAUUGUGUCUGUGUGAUGUGCCUUGACUAGCUAAUAUGUGCCCCAGUUUUGUUAUGAAACCAUCUAGUUAAACCAUAUACUUUUGACAUAAACCCCCUUGUGAUGUAGACUACAUUAACAGCGUUAUUCAUAUCAUGCAUAGGCCUACCACAUUAAUGGGGGCGACAUAGCUCAGGAGGUAAGAGCGGUUGUCUGGCAGUCGGAGGGUUGCUGGUUCAAUCCCCGCUCUGGGCGUGUCGAAGUGUCCCUGAGCAAAACACCUAACCCCUAACUGGUCUGGUGAAUGAGAGGCAUCAAUUGUAAAGCGCUUUGGAUAAAAGUGCUAUAUAAAUGCAGUCCAUUUACCAGUCCAUUUAGGGCGCUAUGAUUUCCGUGAUGUGGACAGUAUGGCGGAAUCUAGUCAUAAAAAUGGAAUUAACGGUAAAAAUCCUAAUCUCAUGGAAUUUAACAUGCUUCUGAUUAAAUUAAUCAAAAGCCAUUAUAAAUUAUUGUAAACAGUAUAACAGCACUCCCUCUCGUGUGAUAUUGCUUAAAUAAAAUGACGAAGAGAAACAUUUCCCCGUUUUAGGGAGUUGUGUAUGUGGCGGGGUUUUGUACGUGCACGACUGCGUUCAACACAUCAACUAACCUAGAAAAUUGAACUCCUCACAGACAAGCGUGAGGCACUCACUGUAGUAUAACUACCUCCGAAAUAAUAGCAGUACGUCGGAUAUGAAAACGAAAGCUUUCUUUAUAUUGACAAACAGUUGACGUACAUUUUGUACUUUUCCAAACAAUAAACAAGUCUAUUCACUUGGCACUUACGUCUCAGUCGCAUAUAAAAUUACAAAAUAACGGUCGCUUUUUUUCCUACUUUCCAGCCGCAAGGCAUAAUGGUACUCGUAGUUUUUUACAGUCGUUAGCCAAUACAGCAGAAAAAUCCAUCUCGAAUCAAUAUCAAUCAAACGUAAUACAAAUGAAAUGUAUUUAUUUUUAACUCUUUCUUUUUACUGUAAAUAAUAUAGAUAUAUGUUUAACAGCUUUCAAUGAAUUACAAUAAAUUAACCAUGUAACCUAUUAAGUUACAACACACACUGAGCUGAACACAAAGAGGCUGACAAUCAUGUAUUUCAAUGGAGAGGUCUCUGAGAGAUGGAAAACUUAGACACAGAUAGCUCUGUUCAUUAAGCAGUUCUUUAAGUUUUGCUCAUUGCUACAACAGAUUUUUUUUCAGAUGUUUUUGUUGUGAAGCUCUUUUGUGCAGCACUUUAUUUGGCCAAAAUUAGCAUGGUUUGCUUUGGAUUAAGCUAUUUUGUGUUUUGUUGUGUUCAUAGUUGUAUAUGUAUUGUCAUAUUUUCAGUUGAUUAAGGAUAAUAAAUUGUUAUUAAAUUGUUUUUGAUGAUAAAAUGGGAUUAAACCAUAAAACACAGAAUCCAGAAAAAUUAAAACGGUAAACACGGAAUUUGGGAAAAAAAUAAAAUGGUAUUUAGAAAAAAAUAAAACGGAUUUCAUAGGGCCCUACAUAAUAAAUGAUGGAAAAUUAAUGGUUAAUCGAACUGUCUGUCUCAGUGUGCCGGUCCCCCCCCCCCCCACCCCGACACCUCCCUCUGUUCCGUCUGUGCUGCAGUCUAAGUCCCGACUGAAACACACCAGUGAAACGGACAAAGCUAUCGAGGUAACCCAAAUUAUCUGCUAAAAACAGAAUUAUGGACAAAUUCGAAGAAGAUUUUAAUUCUGUUAUAUCACAGACUUGCCAAAUACAUGGUGUGACUUCGUUGAAGGACCUUCACCGCGUGUGUUUGGAUACGCUGUUAUCGAACAUGUAGAUGUACUCGGUUGCUUGCCUACAGGAUUUUGGCAAAAGCUUCAUUUUUCAAGCGUGGCCUACGGUAUGCAAACUGAUAUCAAAUAAAUACCCAGAAAAAUGGCCAGAAGAAGCAAUGGUUUUGAUUGUUUGCCUGUUACAAUCAAUAAUGGAGGAGCAAGUGGAAUUGUUGAACCAAAAAGGAAUUAAAUAAAUAAAUUUAUCACCAAUAAACAAUUGUGUUUGUUUCUUUUAUUAUCGAACCUCGAACCGCAGACUCUGCAUAUCUCGGUGAUAAACUUUGAUGGUAUUGUUGGUGCUCUGACGUUAACAUUAGCCAUUUUUUCCAAAUAGUGGCUAACUGAUGCGGGUCUGUGGAAAAAUUUGCCUCCGGUAAUGUUUUCCCGGUGCACGUUUCAGACCAUGCCUGGCCAAAAUCAUCGGUACUCCCUGAAAACUUGGUAUUUCACCCAGGGCGGUGCCUUACGUCCUGUUUCACACAGAGUGUUGUGUGCCUGAUGUGCGUUCUCGUCGGCUCGCAUUGGGUCGUCUCGUCACUUUUUGGAUAAGCUAGCAAAACCGUAACCUAAAAAGUUGUUUAUUAACCUAAUCUUUGCCUUAACCCCAAGGUUAAACCUAUAGGAGACCUCAGGCCUAACUGUAACUUCAAACAGAGAUGAUUUUUAAAUAAAAAUUUUUUGUGAUCAUCGAUUUACGAAGAUACACUUAGAUUUUUGCUCCUUCUCCUUGUACUGCUGGCACGGCUACAACCGCGACUAGACUUCCCUGCAGAUUUUCAAAUGACUUUUACCUAACCCAAAGAGCAAAGAUUAACUUUACUGUCCGAUCACACUGUGAUUUUACUUGACUCACUCUCAUUCUCUCUCACACACACAUAACUCAACUCUGAUACACUCACUUGCCGAUUGUACACGCACUCGCCGAGUGAACAGCUAGCGAUAAGGUGCAAUUCACUUUAAAUUUGUUGACAAACUGGUGACGUUAGGGUUAUAUAAUUUAAUGUUAAGGUUAACCAAUUUAACAUUAACAAUAGACUAGGGUGAAUUCAUUCUUUAUAGCUCCAUGGGUCAAACGCUACCAAGCUCCACACGUGAGGCUUGUUUAACGUACAAAGGGAACCUGUUAACGUAAAGUUAGCUUGUUAACAGUUAGCUAACGUUAGCUAGUCAGUAAAUUUCAUCCAAUAUUUUCAUGGCACAUGAUAUGGGGCACAUGUUAUGACAUUCUAAUGUUAGCAUGACUGAAUGUGCUCUCAGAGCAUGAGUUGAGACGGUCACGGAGCUCGCCAAAGCGUGCACUGCUACGUCCUGCAAAACUACGUCCAUCCGGGUGAAGUUUUCAGGGAAUCCCCAAAAUCAUCACCACAUUUGGAGCGCCGCCCAAAUCCCGGGAAGGUAGCCUCCUUUGUUUAUGCCUAGAACGUCAAGGCAUCAACCAGGCUCUGUUGAACGAAAUGAAAAAAGUGACUGGCUCGUGAGGCUACUCCAAUUCUGAAUCUCUUUAUUUGUGUAACAUUAUAUUGAUUAGUGCAAUGCUGAAGUAAAUAUGUGUAAAGUUCACAGUACCAAUGUAGUGCAAAUACAACAGGCAAAAGAAGUAAAGUGGCAGUGUAACCUUCAAGUAUUGACAUUUAGUACAAUUGAGAUUUAAAAAAAGGCAA